AUGGACUCAAAAUACUCAGCCGGAACGACCCCAACUUCCUAUGCCGGAACCACCACCACAACAACCGGAAUCCCGGUGAAUUCUACCUCUGAGAGUUACUUCUCCGGGACUACUACCGAAGAAUCCUUCCCUGCUAAGCCUAAAGUUCUGGUCCCUUGGUCCACUGGCUUAUUUGACUGCUUCUCAGACGUCAGCAACUGUUGCAUCACUUGCUGGUGCCCCUGCAUCACUUUCGGACAGAUUUCCGAGAUUGUGGAUAAAGGAUCAAGCUCUUGUGGAUCCAAUGGUGCCCUUUACACUCUGAUAGCUUGUGUGACUGGGUGCUCGUGUUUUUACUCUUGUUUCUAUCGUUCAAAGAUGAGACAGCAGUAUUCAUUGCAAGAAGACCCUUGCAAUGAUUGUUUUGUCCAUUGCUGUUGUGAGGCCUGUGCCCUCUGCCAAGAGUAUCGUGAGCUUAGAAACCGUGGAUAUGACAUGCAAAUUGGAUGGCAUGGAAAUAUGGAGAGGCAGAACAAAGGAGUUGCAAUGGCUCCAGUGGUUGAAGGAGGAAUGAGCAGAUAA